AUGUCUAAUAUUAUAGUCAAGGAUGUGGAAGAUGGUGAAAUAGAUCCGGAUGCAAAAGAAUCGACAUCUUUUGAAAAAAGGGUGAGAGAAGAAUUAGAAGCUGAAUACAAGCACUCACCAGGAUCUUUUGGCACAAACCAACACCUAAAAAUACCAAGUUAUUUUAAAGAUUAUGGUCGCCGUUUUGUUCUGCAAUACCCUUAUACAGAAAAACACAACGCUAUUAUUAACGUAACCGAUGAACAUAAUCUGGAUAAAGUUAUGAAGGAAUACUUGCUAGAGAACGAGCUCUAUCAACAAUCAAUAAUUCCAGUAAAGGCACCGCCCGAAUUAGUUUUAGCUGUUGCUCAGAAAUCGGCGCUGUUAGAGGCUGCAACGCCGAUAAAUCCAAGCGAUGAAGUGAUGUACAGAAAUAUCCUUCGUACGGGUGAUUAUUGGAACGAUGUUGUAGAGGAAAAAGUUGAUCCAGACAAGCUAUAUUUAAGAUCCAAACGCCCAACGAAGAUGGAUCCAUUAAGAGUAGAAAUUCAGCCUGGCUCCGAUCUGUACCAGCUUGUGGCUGAAUUGAAAAAAAUAUCGCCUCGUCUUCUCUACGUAAUAAACGACGAUGAAUAA